GAAGAAAUUCGGAUCCACAUUAAUCAGGUGAUCCUUUGGACUACUGAAGAAAGUGGGAUCUACGAACAAAAUAGUGAUCUUCAUUGGGAAGGAGACCCUUGAACUACGGUGGCAAGUGCUAUCUACCAAGGUGAUCCUUUUGUCCAUGUAAAGUAGGUCAUCUCUCUUCUAAUACAUACAAGUUCUCUGUUGAACAUAAUUGUGUGGCCAGAAUGAAGAACAUUGGAGUACAGUCGCUCAGUGGACGGUGUAUUGCGGUGGUGCUGGUGGUGGUCCUCCAGGUGCAGGUGCACUGGGACGUGGCAUCCGCUGGGAACAUCACAGUGUUGGAUAAUUCAACGACACCGACAUCCUUACAAGACAGUAUUGUCACUGGUCCGGAGAGGACGUUUCAGCAUCCGGAUACAAACAUUUCCAGGAAUGAAUCUGAUAUUGAAACAGCAUGUACUAACUGUUCACUGAAUGUAAGUGACGUUGAUAUUGAAACAAAUAACACAAGGACGUACGAUAGCAACUACAGCACAACAACAGAAACGGCAACAACAAUGACAACAGAAACGACAUCAGCAACAACAUCAACGAUGAUAACUGAAACAACAUCAAAGGAAGAUUCAAAACAGACGUAACAGAGAUCAAGAAAGACAUUGAUAACAGUUCCAGUAUAAGUCAUAACUUUACUAAGGAGUCUUUUGACCAGACUUACGACAAUUCAACGCAAACUACCAACUCAACGUCACAAGCAAAGGAGGACAAGCCAGUUACGAGGACCAAGAAACCACGGCCUCAUAUGACAAAAGCGCAGUAUGAGUAUUUGGUACGACACUUCACAGGAUUCAUGCAGCAUCUCAGGGUAGGGCAUGCCACGCCCAACAGUUUAGCCGAUCCACUGGACUUUGACGAUGGCCCAUUCGGGAGUGUUCUUUGGCGGGACAAGAAAUACUUGGUGAGCGUUCUCAUCCCGAUCGGAGUGGGGAUAACUGGAGCCAUGCUCAUUAUAGUCACAGCUUACGCUACACGGGUGUGUCGCAGGAGGAAGGUGGCGGAGAGGAACCCGAGGACGUUGUUACAGCCCAGCGUUUCCCGACCAGAUGAUAUCAUGCUCCUCGACCAGUCGUCGGAUGACGAGUUUUGAAAGCCUUAUUUUGCGUCACACAUACCACUUUUCAGAGGAACUGAGUCACGGCCUCUUUGAUGUAAUGCAAGUUGACCACGGCCCACAUGCACAAAGUGAUCUUAGCGAUAUGACUACCGUAAGCCGAUGUUUUAGUAUUUGACUUACGAUGAUCUUAGUGCUAAGAUGGAUUUGUGCAACGGGACAUGAUGGCGUUGUACAUAUUGAUUUUGACGCUAAAAUAAUCGUAAGGUAAUAGAGACUUACGACAGUCUUGGGUUGUUUUGUACACCAGGACCUUGUUGCACAGUACGAUAUUUGCGCUACGAUAACCGUAAAUCCCAUACUUUGUUACUGGCUUCGACCGUCGUAGAGCAAAGAUCGUCUCGUGGAAUGGGGCCAUUUUACCGUUAUACAAAGCAACAUCAUCGCUAGGACAGUCGUAAGUCUAUGUUAAGGUAUCGGAGUUACGAUCACCUUGAACGACAUCUAAGCCCUCUUGCACAAAGCGAUCUGAUCUUAUUACCCAUACUUCGACGUAACUUAUGGCGCUUAGGUUGCUUUGUGAGGGCCUAGAUUGUAUUACGCCACAUGCAUCCUGAAACAAGGCUGUGAUAUUAAGAUAUAUAUGACGUCAGCGAUGUCGAUUACGUAAUGACAGUGAUGACGUAUUUCGUAAAUGACGACAC